AUGGUUGGUAGAGAGAGUGGAUGUCUGGGACAGGAAAAAGCAAGCGAAGAGGUCGAAGUCGAAGUAGAAGCAGAAGCAGAAGAAGCAGAGUGGAAGAAGAAGAAGAAGAAGAAGGGGAGGGAAAGUUGCUUUUUUCAUUGUUGCUUUUUUGCUUUUGCUUUUUUGCUUUUUUUGCUUUUUUGCUUUUUUACUUUUUUACUUUUUGCUGUUGCUUUUGCUUAUUUUACUUUUACUUACUCCGUACAUACGAAAACGAGUCUAUCUCUCUCUCUCUUCUCCAUUACUCUCUCUUGCUCUAUUAUUACUCUAUCAUUACUCUUCUACUUUUACUCUUUUUGUCUUCUACUCUACUCUCUACUCUCUACUCUAUCUACUUCUACUCUACUCUCUCUUAUCUGCUCAUCGCCUUCCUUCUUGAGAAGUCGUCGUCGUCUUCUCCUUCUUCUUCCUUUUCGACUACUUCUACCCUCCUUCCUAAUCCGACUUCCCCCACGCUUGGCGACAUGUCUUGGCAAACAAGGAGAUGCUUCCUCUUUCGAGAAGAAGAAGAAGAAGAAGACAGUAAGAGAAGACAAGAAGAGAGUAAGUAAGUGGGAGAGAGAGAAGAAGAAGAGAGGGACAUUCACCACUCACCACUUGCUCCUCUUACUCUCACUCUCUCCUCUUACUCCUCUUUACUUUACUCUUCUCUACUGUCUUCUCUUAAUGCUUCUCUCUCUUAAUACUUCUUCUCUUAAUACUUCUUCUCUUAAUGCUUCUACCAACCCAGCGCCGAUCAUGCAGGCAUUCCUUAUGUAA